AACGAACCAAUCAGCGAGUGAGUGCAGUGAAACGAUGAAGCAAUUGUAAAGCACGAUCAAGCGUUACGUGACAAAAAGCCAGUGUAUUUGAGUGUAUUUGCGAAUUGCGGAACUAUUAUCAAACGAAAGACAAUGGUGCUAUCAACUGUGUAUUCGAGGAUCAUAAUGGUGGUGUGUUUAAUGCUAAUGCCUACAAACGUCUCCAGCUAUGCAAUAGAUCACACUGCAUCCACCGAUACAGCGACGUUGCAGGUUUUAAACGAAUUUCGGACACGGCUUGUAGCGGAAGGAGUUAUUCGUGACGCUAAAGAACUAACAAUGGAUACCUUCGAUGAGCUGGAAGUGCUUCGGCUACUUCCCAUGAUUAUCAGCUUCAUGAAGGCAAACGCUCUGUCAUCCCUCGAGCAGGACGCGUUCGAGCACAUCUACGGCAGCAUUUGGGAGCUGGUCGUUGAAGAGUCCCACCGGUAUCGGGGCCAGCCUCGCAAUGCAAUUCUUACCGCACUGCUAGCCUCACCCGAAAUACGUCAAACGUCAAAUCCCAAAACCAACGAUCCUCAACACAACUCCAUUCGCGCGCCUGCAACUUCCGCCUCCCGGGAAGCUCCCUCACAGCGAGUGCUGCACAUGGCUGCCACGAUCGUGCAAAAGUACUACCAACGCCAAACGAAGCACACCAGUGCCAGCAAACGCAAGGCCACCCAAGCACGCCGAAAUCAACCCCGGCUAAGAAGUGCCGAUGUGCGUACGAAGCAACUGUCUAGCGAUUCGAUUCGCGUCACAAUCGAACUGCCACGCUACAAACGUGCGAUCGCCAAACCCAAACAAUCGCCCACAAAACAGAAGGCGAAGGAGGAGGUGCACGAGGAGGAGAACGAGGAGGAGGACCCCGAGAUGGAGGCAAAGAUUUUGGCCGCCAUUCAGGCACAGAUUGGAAAUCCCAGCCUGGAGGAGGAAGACGAUGAAGAGGACGACGACACUGCAGCGCUUGGUGAGGAUUCAUCCGAGUACUUAGACGACGAACCCGACUACAUGGGUGUGCUUGGAGAUGAUGAUGACGACGAUGAUGAUGAUGAUGAUACCGAAGAAUAUGAAGAGGAUGAUGAUGGGCAUCUCGUUAACGGGCUGUUGCGAACGAGCAUGCAAGAUUUCGAGAAUCCUUCCUUCAACGAACUGUUGCUGUUGGCGGCCCGGCACAGAGCAGCACAGCAGCGGCGGCAAAAGCAACAGCAACACCAUCUUGCCCACCGAAUGAAACCUUCGGCGACGCUUCACAGCAGCUAUGAGGAUUACUAGCCUCGCGGUAGAUAUCGAUUGAUGUCUUCAUCAGUGAAAGGAUCAGUGAUCGAUGCCUGUUGAGUGCGAUGGGAGCGAAUCUGCAAAAGAUGUGUGGAGCAUAUCGUGUGGGUUCGCCAGUGCAGCAGCAUUAAAAUUCAAACAAAUCGUACAGAAACGUUAGCGUUAGUGGUUAAGGUUAAGGUUAGGUAAGGUUAGUGUAAGGCUUUUAUUAUUAGGUGUUAUGAAUGUUGUAAA